AUGAUUAGCGUAGAUACUUUCUUUCUUUCUUUCUUUCUUGCUUUCUUGCUUACUUUCUUAGUUCAACUUUCUUUCUUUCUUUCUUUCUUUCUUUCUUUCUUUCUUUCUUUCUUUCUUUCUUUCUUCAACUUUCUUUCUUUCUUUAUAAUUCAGUUUUUCCGAACUAUUUUCUCCUCUUCCUCUACAGACAUUUUUGAUGAAUUCUUCAGAUUCUGUGAAUCCUUUACCUUCUUUCUUUCUUUCUUUCUUUCUUUCUUUCUUUCUUUCUUUCUUUCUUUCUUUCACAGUCGUGUUUUGCGGACGUAUUUUUUUUUUACUCCUAUCCGUUUAUUUAGAGACUUUUUCUUUCUUUCUUUCUUUUUUCUUUCUUUCUUCAGUUUUCCUCAAUGUUUUUCCUCCUAUCCUUUCCCUAUAAACAACAUUAUCGCCGAAUUCUUCAGAUUCCGUGAAUCCUUUACCUUCUUUCUUUCUUUCUUUCUUUCUUUCUUUCUUUCUUUCUUUCUUUCUUUCUUUCUUUCACAGUCGUGUUUUGCGGACAUACUUUUUCCUCCUAUUCUUUUAUUUGCAGACCUUGUUUGUUUUUUUGUUUGUUUGUUUCUUUCUUUCUUUCUUUCACAGUCGUGUUUUGCGGACGUAUUUUUUACUCCUAUCCGUUUAUUUAGAAACUUUUCUUUCUUUCUUUCUUUCUUUCUUUCUUUCUUUCUUUCUUUCUUUCUUUCUUUCUCCUGUCUUUUAUCCUCAAGGUACUCUUUCUUCUUGCACUUUUUCCCUUGCAUGGCAAGCCGGUUUCUUCCUGACCUUCGUCGCCGCUCUGUCGCCUCGCGCAACCCCAGCGUCCUUUCCCAGGACCCUGACCCGGCUGUAGCCAAUAACAAGUAA